AUGCAACCCCUGGCACCCCUCAUCCUCUGCCUGGGGCUCUGGGCAGGACUCUGGGCAGGACUCAGCGCUGCUGUCAUCCCAGCGGAGGAAGAGAAGCCAUCCUUCUGGAACAACCAGGCAGCUGCAGCCAUCGAGGCUUCCUACAAUAUCCAGCCCAGGAUAAGCAAAGCCAAAAACCUCAUCCUCUUCCUCGGGGAUGGCUUCGGGAUCCCCACCAUCACAGCCACUCGCAUCCUAAAGGGGCAGCAGCAGGGGAAGCUGGGCCCUGAGACCCCCCUCGCCCUGGAUGCUUUCCCCUAUGUGGCUCUCUCCAAGACGUACAACGUGGACCGUCAGGUCCCUGAUAGCGCGGGGACGGCCACAGCCUACCUCUGCGGCGUGAAGGGCAACUACCAGACGAUAGGGCUGAGCGCGGCUGCCCGCUACUCGCAGUGCAAGACCACACAGGGCAACGAGGUGAUCUCAGUGCUGGAGCGAGCCCGCAAAGAGGGGAAGGCGGUGGGUAUCGUGACAACGACGCGGGUGCAGCACGCAUCGCCCUCGGGGACCUAUGCCCAUGUGGUGAACCGCGAGUGGUACGCGGAUGCCAGCAUGCCCAAGGAAGCCCGCGACGAGGGCUGCAAGGACAUCGCCUGGCAGCUGGUCCACAACGUCGACAUCAAUGUGAUCCUGGGGGGCGGUCGGAAAUACAUGACCCCUGCGGGGACACUGGACCCUGAGUAUCCCACCUACCCAUCAGAGGAAGGGGUACGCGAGGAUGGCAAUAACCUCAUAGACAUGUGGCUGAAAGCACGGCCGGGUGCCCGCUAUGUCUGGAACAGGAUGCAGAUGCUGGAGGCUGCUGCUGACCCCAACGUGAAUUAUUUGAUGGGUCUCUUUGAACCCGCAGACAUGAAGUAUAACCUGGUGCGCAACACCACCCUGGACCCAUCGCUCACCGAGAUGGUGGAGGUGGCCAUCACCAUCCUGAACAGGAACCCCAACGGCUUCUACCUCUUCGUGGAAGGCGGCAGAAUCGACCAUGGCCACCACGAUGGUGAAGCCCAUAAGGCACUGACAGAGGCAGUGGAGUUCGACUGGGCCAUCAAGCGGGCGGGCGAGCUGACAGACGAGGCGCAGACCCUCACCGUCAUCACUGCUGACCACUCGCACGUCUUCUCCUUCGGCGGCUACACCCUGCGCGGCUCCUCCAUCUUCGGUGUGGCCCCCAGCAAAGCUACUGACAAGAAGAACUACACGUCCAUCCUCUAUGGGAACGGGCCGGGUUACCCAGGAGGUGGCCGGAAAGAUGUGGACGAUGACACAGCUGGGCAGUACGACUACAAGCAGCAGGCGGCCGUGCCCCUCAACUCGGAGACCCAUGGUGGCGAGGACGUGGCCAUCCUGGCCAAGGGCCCCAUGGCCCACCUCUUCCACGGGGUGCAGGAGCAGACCUACGUGGCCCACGCCAUGGCCUACGCCGCCUGCAUCGAACCCUACACCUCCUGCCGCCAGCGGGACUCUGCCCCUGGCACCCGCGCCACCCCUCUGGCCCUGCUCCUGCCCACCCUCCUCCUGCCCCUCUUCCACUGACCCCACGGCCCUGGGGCACCCCACGGGUACUGCCGGACCCACAUCCCCCCCUCCCCAUGGCUGCGGCACGCGUAGGUGGCCAGCAGCUCUUUGGA